AUGCCGAAACAUUCUCGAGCUCCUAGCUCCUCACAGAACCGAUACAACGCUAUCCCAGUCUCUUUGGCCCCUUCUCCAAUGUACAAUCAGCAACGAAUGACCAUGCCGAACUACUACGGCAUGACUACUUCUGCUGCUUCUUCUCUCGCUCUUCAAGCACAAACACAGCAGCAACAACAACAACCCACAUACGAAACAUAUGCUUCAUCUUCAGCACCUCCUGUUUCUAUUCCUCAGCAACCUGUUCAGCAUAGAGCUAGUUCGGGAGCGUGGGGACCUCAGGAUGACCAGCAGUUACUCACUGCACGGAUGCAGGGUCUCAACUGGGGCCAGAUCCAGGCGAACUACUUUCCUUCCAAAACACCCAAUGCCUGCCGCAAGCGUCACGAGCGAUUGCUAGAGCGUAAGGGUGCUGAUGAUUGGGACAAUCUCAAACUUCAGCGCUUGGCUAAGGAGUACAUGGCCAUGAGGAAAGAGAUCUGGAGUGGUCUCGCUGCUCGAACAGGCGAGAAGUGGAACGUUGUGGAAGCCAAGUGCAUGUCAAACGGCCUCAAGAAUCUGCAAAGCGCCGCCCGCGCCGCAGCCCGUCGUGACCGACUCGAGUCCGGCGCUCUCUCAGGGUAUGACGACGACAGCGGCAUCUCCGGCAUGGGCCUAACACCGGUUGACGAUAUAGACGCAUCGUAUAGCAGCCCCGAGACGAGCGCCUCCUCCAUGGUGGGCCCCUCGGUCAGCACCUCCUACCAACAACAAAUGCAAUCUCACCACAUGGGCGUUCCCGUCCAGUAUAGCCUCGGCGCUGCCUACAACCCUGGGUACGGCGGCCACGGAUACUCGUCGAGCGUGGGUUCCAACUCCAGCGCCUACGGACAUCAUCACAGCCAGGGCAACAGUCCUCAGUACAUGGCGCAGCGACCGCAGAGUUCGGAUAUGGGUAUUGGGAAUCUUAUUAACAGGCCAGGACGAGGUGUCUAA